AUGGCUAAACACAAGGUAAAUAAGAACAAUCCUAAGAAAAAGAACACUCAGAAUCCUGACAGCAGGCCAAAGGCCCUGGCUGUCCUCCCUUAUGUAAAAGGAGUCACCGAGACUAUAGAACGGUAUAUGAGGAAAGCGGGGGUGGCUACAGCAUGUAGACCACACACCACCAUUAGACAAUUGUUGGUUCAUCCUAAGGACAAAAGGGAUAUGCUUGAUAUUACGGACUGUAUUUAUCAAAUCCCUUGUGCAAAUUGUGACAAUGCAUAUAUCGGUGAGACAGGCAGAAAGUUCUCGGUCAGACUGAAAGAACAUCAGAAAGACGUAGGGACUGUAAAGGAUCGUAAAUACACUCGUGCGAACAGACUGUCGUCUCAAAGUGAGUUCAACAAAUCCGCAAUCACUGACCACGUUGCCCAAGUCAACCAUAACAUCGAUUGGGACAAUAGUAAAGUGUUGGAGAAGGAAUCGACAAGAUUCACCAGAUGGGUCAAGGAGGCAAUCUGGAUACGCAAGACCACCAACAUGAACAGAGACGAGGGGGGAUACAAACUGAGUCACGUGUGGGACGCCAGUUUGGCCGCUACAUCUAGCGGUCAAACUCAGGACUAA